CUCAUGUGAAGUCAGCUGCAAUUUGCUUUAACAGAAAAUUGCGCAGCUUUAUAUUGGUUUAUAUUCAUUGGUUCAUGGUGCUUAUAAGUGAAUCAAGUACAUACAGGUCUUUAGGUGACAUAUAUCAAUUGUAUAUGUGCUAUAAAUAAGUCUUGUUCUGAGAUAAAAUUUAUCUAAUGAGGUUUUUCGCAAUUUUGUGGAACUAAACAAUACCAAACAAUGUUUCAAUCAAAUCAAGAGCCUGACAUACCCGCGGCUCUAGGUUUACUUUCUCACCUGACCAACGAUGAACUGAAGGAACUAUUAAAUAACGAUGGAAAAUUUGAAGACAUCGUAAAAGAUAUAAAACAGUUUAAGGACUUGGAAACAGAAAAGGAAAUGUUAAUGGCAAGUAACAGGUCAUUGGCAGAAUUUAAUUUAUCAAAACAACCAGAAUUGCAAGAUGGAAAACAAAUACUAAGAGAACUUAGUGAAAAAGGGACAAAUUUAUGCACUAGUGUUAAGGAUAAACUGGAUGAAAUAAGGGAAAAAUCUGGAGAGAUGACAGUUAAUACUGCAUUAGAUUUAUUACAAACAGCAGCAACUGAAAUUGAAGAAGAAUCAGAGACCAUAGCAGAGAAGUUUUUGGCUGGUGAUAUGGAAGUAGAUGAAUUUUUAGAGCAGUUUUUGUCCAGACGAAAAUUGAUGCAUCUACGAAAAGUAAAGGUAGAUAAAUUAAGAGAGUUAAUAAGAAAAUCGCAUUCUGUCACUGGUGGUCCCGGUUACCCGAUCGCUAGUAAUUUUCCUGGUAUAGCACCUUCAGUCCCUUAUCCAACUGGACCUGUUUCAAUGCCAAUGCCUGUGCCAUCUGGGUUACCACAUUAUAGACCAUAUUAAGUUAUCUCCAAGAAAAAAAAAGAAUUAUAAAUGAAGUUCCGUUUUAAAUAAUCUACUUUUACUGACACAUAAAGUAUGUAAUUAUUUCAAUAUAGCGAAAAUGCUAUCAAGUUAACAGUAAACGUUAUCAACAAAUAAAUGUAAUUAAAACAUUUACAAAAUUUAAUGACACAAGCAGUUUAAUUAGUGUACAGAAUUUUGUAUUAUAAUAAUUGUAACAAUAAGUGACACGUGGAAAUGCUUUCUAAAACAAUUACAACACAUGUAUAAUUUUAAUAAAUAUGUAAGUACAUUGAGUCCCA